AUGCGCGGCGUGAGAGCGUCUGUAGGUCUCUUGGAUGCCUCUGUGACGCUGCAGCAUGAUUCUGUGAUCAAGGAGCGAACACUUUGCCUUCCGGUGCACUCCCGCUCCGAGCCCAACCCUGAAAGAAUGAGGAGACUUUCUCCCUUCAACCGCCAUGCGCGUGUCAGAGCGUCUUGGCCGUGGAUCGGUGUACUCAUCUUCCUACAAUUCUGCGACCCGGUAGACUCCUGGCAUGCGUUCGCCGAUUCAGAAGUCGUUCCCACCAUCCCAGGAACGAACCUCGUCACCGAUCUGCAGCUCCCGACCAUGAGCAGUGACAGCGGUCUGGACAUCUUUGACAGCUGCAGCAUCCUCAAGACGUCUGUGGGGAAGGUGAACAUCUUCUGCAGUGGUGCCGUCGACAUCAACUGUGCAAGAGCAUGGAAUUCGGCCAUCAGGGACUCACGGGACGUUGUCAACCGCUUGUGCAGCUUUCAAGUUCUCACGACAUCCUUCGGCACCAGCUCCUCUCAGCCUUUCGACCAGUCCUCCUUCUUGAACUUGAUCCGCCUCUGCCAAUCCACCGUCUCCGCUGCAUUCGCUGAUUACUGCAAUGCGGGCGGCGAGCUGACCUGCUCUGGGACAUGCCCCUGCUCUCCUUCAGUCGGGGUUUCGUCGGGUUCGAUCACAACCGGGCCGUACUUCUACUCCAACAACCAGAACUGCGUCUGGAUGAUCUCAGGGCAGAACUUGCGAUUGCGCUUCACGUCCCUCGGCACUGAGCUGAAUCAUGACUUUGUCGAGAUCUUCUCUUGCUCUGACCCUGCCUGCUCUGCUCCCCAGAGCAUCCUGCGGACCUCUGGAUCGACCCUCCCUUCAGACGAGCUGGGGUCCAGCACAGGCUACAUGAAAGUCACCUUCACCUCCGACGGCUACAAGACAGGCCCUGGUUUCUCAGCUGACUGGACCGUUGACAACGGUGAAAUCCUUAUCCGCCCCCCUGCCUCCGUCUGCUCAAACUUUCGCGCCUCCAACGGGGUCUACGACUAUCCCGUGCUCACCUGGCGCACCUUCAAGGCCUAUCAGGACCGGGGCCUUGGCUGCAUGGGAGGGCUCAGCGGUCGGCACUCCAUUGAGCACGACACGUGGGCGUGCAUCCUACCGCAGUCCUGCGCGUCCGACAUUCCUCUUGGAAGUUCGGUGUGCUUCAAGUACAACAGGGCGAGAGGAGAGUUCAACUGGUGGAACAGCUCUGCCUUCCCGUCUCAGGGCGCUAUGAUCGAGGCCACCUUUUGCAGCCCCCGCGGUCUCAGCCUCGUCUACGAUGCCAUCACCGGCGUGCGGAUCGACCUCAAGCAUGUAGUCUAUCGCUUCAGGUUGCAGGAUGCCAAGGAUCGGGUCGUGCACGACAUCGGCGGCUCCGCUGCAGGACUGAAGCCCAACGGCUGCGGUCGAUUCUACCUCUGGCCCAACUCCAAGUACGAGCUGGAGGUGCAGGUGGGGGAGGAGUACUACAGCUGGAAGGGGCCCUUUGUCACGUUUGACAACGUGGCCUACGUCGGGGCCCCGCUGGUGCCGGUCCAGAAGGAUUUCACAGCUGUCAUCCUGACUCUGACCUGGUGCUCGAGGGAUGCUGAGGACCUGAGCCUCUUCCUAUACCCCCCUAGCUCCGACUUCUCCGACCCCUUGCAGUCCGCAAUCGAUGGGAACAACAGGACGGUGGCUGGGCAGGUGCUGGAGUCGGGCACCGCGUACCCUUACGAGCUCUCGAGCUUCUGGUGGAUCAGGGAUGGAUGUUUCGACACAUUCUGUGGAUCGAAGACCUUCCUCGUCACAGGGCUGCUUCCUGCCGGAAACUACUCCUUCCUCGCCUACCAUACUUCCGGCCUGACCUUUCCUUCCGCCUGCUCCGUAGCCUCCCUGUACUCUACCAUGCGGCAGGGCCUCGUGGGCACAGCCUGGGUAGGCGAGCAGGGAACGCUGGGGAGCUGGUGGCACCUUUUCAACUUUCAGACUCUGCGCAGAGGAAGCGUGAGCGACGUUGUGGUGCGGGUGAACUACAGCCUCGUCAACGAGAUGAUCUACCCUGGGCCAGUGCUGGGCAGCGAUGGGAAGUUCGCAGGUAAGUUUCCGUUCGAUCCUCGCUCCAUCCCCAGCAAGUUUGUCAUCGACUUCGUGGAGUUGGACGCAAACAGGACGGGGGCAAUCUCAACGAAAGGUUGCCUGGGGAGGACAGACCUUUGCAACCUCCCGCUGACAGCAGAACAUGCUUUCUCCUCCUCUGUGGACGCAAACCUGAACGGGAGGAUAUCCCUGGAGGAGUGGAAUGCUUACCAGCAGCUCGUUAACAACUUCAUCCUGUACGAGUACUCGUUCGCUCUCUCUCAGUGCCAGGGGAUGCUCUUGAACUUGACCAUUCUCAGCGCCACCAACAACUCUGUCAUCCCAUCGCCGUACCUCUGCCAGGACGACAGCGGCUGGAUCGAUCGCGAGGGUUCCUCCUGCCUCUCCUACACUCUCCAGCCAGCGAGGUGCCUGCUUGCCACCAACCUCUCCAGUCUGGACGGCUCGUCAGCUUCUCAGCGCUGCUGUGUGUGCGGAGGAGGACUGUUCGGCAGAUGCCAGGAGGACGGAGGAUGGAGAGAUUCGGCGGGGAGGUCGUGCGUGGACUACUUUCACAACCUCGCCCUCUGUUCGCAAGCUGCGUCCUUUGCCAACGGCAACGUCGACGCCGCCGACAUGUGCUGCUCCUGCGGAGGAGGAUCGCAAGUUCAGAGUGACAGCCAGGCCAUCAUGCUCAGCAGCAGGCGGCUGAGGUCGGACGCUGCUGGGAGGUACCUGGGCGGGCUCUUCCUGCUGGGCAGGGACAACGUACUUGAUAUCCGAGCACCAGGGUACAUGAGGGUGGUAGAGCAGGUGAACAUGGGGGCUCGAGGCUGUGUGUUCAACUUCGCCACCUUCCUCCUCCCGAGCACGGGCAAGACGUUUGCGAAGCUCCGUUGGGGCGACAGGCCGGCGGAUCUUGACAUCUACGUGUUCCCUCGCAACGUCCGCAACCUUCAGGGGGAGCCGGUGGUGUGGAGGACGGACGAUGGGAAGCUUGCCAAGACUGACUAUGUCUGGUGGGGAUUGUGCUUAUGCGACACCUGCACCUGCGACAAGAGGACGCUGCUGGGGUACAACAGCGGGGACCUGGUGCCGACCGUAGCGCUGGACAGGGAUGACGUCUCGCACGGCAAGAAGAAAUUCUUCUCCUCCGACCCCUCGGACUUCAUCGUAGAGAACGGGCCCGAGGUCGUCGAGUUCGAUCGGCUGCUUCCCGGCUCCUACAUGAUCUUCAUCAACGCGUACGCCCCCGAGGAUGCGACGCCCACGUUCCAGGGUGGCGUCAGCGUCGAGAUCUACCUGAGCGACGGCGCCAGCCCUCCUGACCUGGUAGACGUGGUGAGGUACGAAGGCACCGGACACAAGUGGUUCUUUGCGGGAACUCUGGAGGUCUACGUGGACAAUGUCUGCGCGUCCUCCAACCCCACCAAGAAGCAGGCCGAUGGCUCGGGCAGGUGCUACGAGUGGGUGCGAGCUGGGGUGAUAGCUGGGUUUUACAUCCAGAGCGUGUUCAACACGCUGAAAGGGGAGCACAUCGAGUCCUCGACAUCGUUCAAAGUCGACAAGCUGCCCUCGUCCUCCCCCGUCGUCUCCUCCGUCUUCCAUGAUAUCCAGAGCAUCCUGACCCCUGUCAAGUUCUCUGCCUCGGGCUUCAUGUCCACAGUUGUCAACGUCUCCCUGCUGCAGAUGAGCUGGCCUGUCAACCUGACCGUCUACAUGUUCCAAGACGACGGAGCCUCCAAGGUCGUGCUGAACUGGGGCGAUCGCCCAGCAGACCUUGACCUGUACGUCGUUCCCUCAGCCGUGGUGGACGGGAACGGGAACGUGAUCCAGUGGAGCAACAGCGAGUCGAGAGGAACGCCGUACGUGUCUUGGUACGGUAAGAAGAUCACUGGGGUAGUGGCGGCAGGCAAGCGAACUCCAGUGAUCACUCUCGAUCGAGAUGACCAGUUCCACGGUGACCGCUCCCGGCCACUCUACAACGGGCCGGAGACGGCCUCCCUAGUCCAGCUGCUGCCGGGCAGGUACGACGUCUUUGUCAACGCGUACAGCCCCGACGAGCCAACGCCAACGUUGAUGGGAGGGGCGCGAGUCGACGUCUACCUGUCUGACACGAAAACGCCUGCCACCCUGGUUGCGUCUGUCUACAUCGACCAGCAGUACGGCAAGUGGGCACAUGCUGGGUACGUGCUAGUCACGGAAGGGAGCUGUACGAUGCCGGCGAGCAAACAGCAGGCGGACGCGUCGGGCCUCUGCUACUCGUGGAUCAGUGACGCUCCUGCCGUCGCCAACUUCUCGCAGAGGCUGGUCCAGACCGUCUCCGUGCGCAGCGCGGUGGACAGCUCACUGCUCUCCUCCUCCUUCUCCAUCGAUGGAGGACCCCAGCAGCCAGUCAGCACGCGGACAUUUGCGGUGGACGGGGGGGCGCACAUCAUCACGUACUCGUCAGCUGGAUACCUGCCCGCAAACUUCUCGGUGAACCUGACGGGGCUGGCGUUCGAGAAAGUUUGGGUCUAUGGAGUAUCUGUGUUCCUGGUACCUGACGAUGGGAUGAGCAAGAUAGUGCUGAGGUAUCAUGUCAUGGUCAACGCGUACCCUCCAAGUGCGUUGGCCAGCAAAAUCCCCAUCACCUCCGCUACUGUUGAGAUUUACCUGGGAAAUACAGUUAGCAAGACGAGGCUUGUCGACGUUGUCAAGUACGUCGGCAGCAACAAUCUCAUCGACGUUGGAGAUCUCGUUGUCUAUCAAUGUCCAUAUGGAACAGAUCAACCGAUGGUCAGAUAUCAGGAGGACACAGGUUUCUGCUACGAAUGGCAAAAAGCUGCCUCUUUUUCCCCUAACAUUCCUCCUGCCUUGAAAGGAUACCUGAAAUGA